GUGUUUAUUGUGCACCCGUGGACGCCUCAGAAGAACCGUCACCCUGUCCAGGGCGAACCGGCAUUGAAAUCCAGAUAUUGCGCCCUCUCGGUAGAGCAUUCCAUGAGUAUUCACCCCGGCUCGAAUCCCAAUGCCAAGCGUCACGUGUGAAUUGGUCCGAGCGUGAGCUUGUUCACACCUCAUGCGCUACAGGCCUUCGAGCAACAGCAGUGCAAGUACCACACACUUGCACCUCAUCGAAAAGCGCAAAUCAAUUCUCUUCGGCCAUGGCGCCCAGCGACAAGGCCGGAAGGGUCGUCUUCAUUGGGAAUAUUCCCUACGGAAUAUCCGAAGAACAGAUCGUCGAUACACUGAGCCGCGUCGGCCAUGUGCUCAACUUCCGCCUCAUUCACGACAAGGAAACGGGAAGGCCCAAGGGCUUUGGCUUUGCAGAGUUCGCCGACGGGGACGCGGCAGCCUCCGCCGUGCGAAAUCUCAACGACUACGAGAUCAUGGGGCGUAAACUGAGGGUGGAUUGGUCGAAUGAUAACGGCGAUGGCGAUUCUGCCCCUACGACAUACGCACCGCCUGCGCCUCCAGCGGGCCAUCCUGAACCUGCCGCGAUCCAUCAGCAGUCGACGACGCUUCCACCUCUGCCCCCAGGAACUGAUCCGCCCACCGGUCUUACCUGCGCUGAUGCCAUAUCGCGAACUCUCGCCACGCUGCCUCCGGAGCAGCUUCUCGACAUCCUCAAACAAAUGAAGUCGCUGGUUAUGACAGACCCUGCCAAGGCGGUGGAGCUGUUAACUCAGGCGCCCCAGCUAGCCUAUGCUCUUUUUCAGGCUUUACUCAUUCUGAAUCUCGUUGAUGCGACUGCGCUUGCACAGGUCAUUGAGGCGGCUCCCGGAGGCAGACCCGCUGCGGCCGCACCGCCGGCCGCACCUGUACCGCAACCCCAGCCGGCCUUCCCUGGGUACGCGCCGCAGCCCACUCCGACGCCCUCGAUGCUUGCACAGCCGGCAUAUCCGACUUACGGGCAGCUUCCUCCUAUGCAUCCCGCGCUCGCCAGCGCCACACCCGAACAGCGGCAACAGUACUUGCAACUGAAAUACCUAACCAUGGACCAAAUCAAUGCGCUUGAACCCGUGGCAAGGCAACAGAUCCUAGAGCUGCGGGCGAAUAUAGAAGCAUUGGAGAAAGCCGGUUACAAGUUCUAGGCGCAUGAAAAUCCAGGAGUGGGAUUGAUCAGGCGUUUCGGGUUCUGGAUAUGUACGUGAUACCACACAUCUGCGUUCUAGGGAGGGAAGAUUCACGGUUCCCAAAGUUACUAUGUGGCUAUAAUUUGGCGCUUGAAUGAGGAUGCAAGGUUAGCAUUUUAAAAUGGACGUCAGUGUACUAAUAGCAGACAAACUGUGGGGGUUCAAGGAAUAUGCCAGUAUUUUGGUGGCGGAAAUGCCACCCAGCGGGGUGCUCUAAAAGGCCUAUAUCUAGCUUCGCGUAACUAUGGUGUAGAUCAAACAGAACCUCAACAUCAU